AGCGAGGCAGAUGCAUCAAUAUAAAUGCGUCGUCCAUUGGUUAUGGCUUUAAGAAAUUCAAUCGUAAGCCAUUGUUCCAGAUUCCAUUUGAGGCGCACGAUGACCAUGGUAAAAUAUUACUGUAACACAUAAUUGAACCCAGGUCCCUCGAACGAGCGCCCUCCCCAUCGAAGAAUGUAAAUUGCACCGAUGAUUGACACAUAUCAAUGUCCUUGUCCCUUGAGUUUUAUUGGAACGAUCAGUGAAUUAAGUUUCAGAACGGUGGGAGGCUGAGGUCCCCUGUCAGGCAAACGCUCAUUUCCUGCAUUACACCGUGAAACAUCGUAUCUCCCCAGUGUAUUGUGUGGUUGCACCGAGAGAACCCCAGGUACACCUUCGGUCUACAAUAAGGAAGUCGAGGAGCGGCGUCAGUGCAACAACCGAGAAACAACAUUAAGAAAAGACAAAAAAGCAGCUAAGAAAUGGAACAUACAGGAGAGAUUACACAUUUGACUCUGGACAUGGUACGCCAGCUCAUAGCCACGAACGAAUCCGACGUGGAAAUCACAAAUUUACAGGAAGAGCCAGGAUCCGGAAGAGGAGACAAUUACACUUCUAUGCUAUAUCGGAUCCGAGCGAAAGGUGUUAAGCAUUUAAAAACUGGAGAAUCGGUCCCUUGCGAGCGUUCUAUCAUUUACAAGGUCUUGCCACAAUCCAGGGAACGUAGAGAGGCGUACAAAAGUGAAGUGCUCUUCAGGAACGAAGUGGCAUUUUAUACCCACGUGUGGCCUGCUUUGGAUAAACUGCAGGUAGGAGGAAAAAGUGUGUUCAAAGGAGUAGCCAAGAUCUACAUAGCAAGGGACAAUCUAAUAGCCAUGGAAGAUUUAAGAGAACGAGGUUUCCAAAUGGUCGACAGGCGGAAAGGUUUAGAGCUGGACAAUCUGAAGCUCGUUCUGAAAGCUCUUGCCGGUUUCCACGCCCUCAGCUUGACGCUACGAGAAUUAAGACCCGAGGAAUUCGAAGGACUAUCAAAAAAAGGCGGCGACGGCGUCGAGGAGACCCUUUUUCGAAUGGAAAACGAGGACUGGUACAGACAAUACUACCGAGUAGCCGCAAAUAAUGCCAUUGCGAUGGUUUCCGGAGAAUUGGCAGUCCGCAUGGAGUCUAACAAAGAAGAAGUGAUACAAAAGUUAAAAGAUUUCCUCAACGAAAAUACGUUUUUCCGCACCAUGAGCGAAUUAGCCGCAGCUCAAGGCCCACUCACCGUAUUUUGUCAUGGAGAUUGCUGGACGAAUAACAUCCUUUUCCGGGACCCACGAGCCUCGAGUACGGACACUUUGGAAGACGUUUACCUGGUGGACUUUCAAAUAUCUCGCGCAAGUUCUCUGGCCCUUGAUCUAGUAAAUCUAUUGUACUGUUGCACAACCGGCAAAGUAAGACAGGACAACAUGAUCCAGUUAUUGAAGCAUUACCAUUCGUAUCUGAUGUCAGCCCUGCAAACGCUUGACCCGAAAGAGCCUCCAAGAGAUCCUUCUGCCUUGUGGAAAGUACUGGACGAGGAGAUGCGCCGAUGUGGUCGAUUCGGAUUGGGUCUAGCUCUGGACGUUCUGCCUAUCAGUACGUGUGAUAGCGACAAAGCUCCAGAUUUGUACGAAGGUGCCGAGGCGAAUGAAAAUUGUAAAACUCGAGCUCCUCCUCCGGGAGGUGCCGAAUGUUCUCGUCUGAUGACUGAUCUAGUGUUGGAAUUGAUUCAAAAUAGUGCCCUUUAGUUGGAAUUUCCCGUAACAAUGAAAUACAGGA